CCGUAUUCGAUGUUUGAUCUGAAAAUCUAAAAAUGCAAAUCGCCUAAGACAAUUCAACAUUUAUACCGAAUACCGAUAAGGCUACAAUACUAUCGUCACUAUUUGCAUUGUAAAAUGGACAAAAAUAACAUAACAUACUUCAAAGAAACGAAUAAUACGAUUCUUUCGUGUUUAUUUAAUUUUAUUACCAACGCAAACAGUUUGUCUAAUAUGUCUUCAACUUUGAAACACAACAUAAGUUUGAGCGUCCAAUUUGUUACUGGAAUAAUUGAAGAAUUAGAAGCGAAGAGCAAAGCAAUUUUUAAACGAAAUUCAAAAGACGAUUUCUGUAACGUCGCUAAUUAUAAACGCAAUACGUUGAAUAAAGAACAGCAAAAGUAUGAACAAAUUAAACAUGACGUUCAGACGAAGAUCAGUAGAAAAAAUCAAAUUGAACAUUACUUCAACGCUGUAGACCGACAAUUACAGUUUGUCAUGAAAAAAAAAAUAAUGAAAUCAGAAGCAAUUAUUGUUGCGGCAAUGAAAGAACACGAACAUACAGUUGUGAAUUUACAAUUAACUGCAAAAAGUUUAUUAUCAAAAAUUGAAUCAAAUGCAAAAAAUAACGAGAUUAACAAAAAUAUUCGUAUGCAAAUCAGGAACGAUUUAAAAAUCAGAAAAGCUCUAAUAGUACAAACGUACGAUUCUGAGAUGAUGGAAAAACACAAUAAUGUAAAUGGAUUUCAUUCAAAAAUAAAAAAAAUUGAAGAUACUAUUUUCCAAUUGCAAGAAUCUAUUUCAUACCAAAUGCCGUUUUACAAUAAUGUAGUACUUGAAAAGGAAGAGGAAAAUGAUAGAGUUUGGCACUCAAAAUUACAUGAAAUACAGCGUAAGAUAGCAGCUCGAAAAAUACAAAUGCAUUUUAGAAGAUACUUAAACUACAUAAAGACUCGUGAUAUGAAGAAAAAUAAAAAAGGUCAACAUAAAAAAACCCAAUCAAAAAUAAAAACCAUUUAAAUUACUAAAGUUAUAUAACCUAGAUACUUCAAAGAAAAUACACACUUUUACACUUUUUUAAGAAAAACAAAAUCGAGUUUCC